AGGGUUCCGAGGUCUCGUCGUAGAGAUUGACUGGGCGGAGCGGUCGGCGCACGGAGAGGCUGGGUCGGCCUCGGCGGCUUUAGCUGAGCGGCGGCCGGACUUUCCUGGGAGCGUCUUCACUCAAGAGUUUGCUGACAGCCAAGCCAAGGAUGGCAAGUAAGGGGCCCUCAGCCUCUGCGUCCCCUGAGAACUCCAGUGCGGGGGGACCCAGCGGCAGCAGCAAUGGUGCUGGCGAAAGCGGAGGGCAGGACAGCACCUUCGAGUGCAACAUCUGCCUGGACACAGCCAAGGAUGCCGUCAUCAGCCUAUGCGGCCACCUCUUCUGUUGGCCGUGUUUACAUCAGUGGUUGGAGACCAGACCUAACAGACAGGUGUGUCCAGUUUGCAAAGCUGGGAUCAGCCGAGACAAGGUCAUCCCCCUCUACGGCCGGGGCAGCACUGGGCAGCAGGACCCCAGAGAGAAGACCCCGCCCCGUCCUCAAGGCCAGAGGCCAGAGCCAGAAAACAGAGGGGGAUUUCAAGGAUUUGGAUUUGGAGAUGGUGGCUUCCAGAUGUCUUUUGGAAUUGGGGCGUUUCCCUUUGGGAUAUUUGCCACGGCAUUUAACAUAAAUGAUGGGCGGCCUCCUCCAGCUGUCCCCGGAACGCCCCAGUACGUGGAUGAGCAGUUCCUGUCACGCCUCUUCCUGUUUGUGGCCCUGGUGAUCAUGUUCUGGCUCCUAAUUGCCUAAUGCUGGGCUCCUGGCCUACAUCCAUGGCAGGGCCUCUGGACUGGUGCCACACCACCCCCACUCUUCAUGUUUGGCUUCCUGGAUAAUCCCGAGCCCUGGAAUCAGUGGGGUCCGUAACACAUCAAGGAAUCUUCUCCAUCAGAGCUUUAGGACUCAAGACUGUUGUCGAGAACCCUGGAGUGUGGCCACUGCCAUAAACCCUCAGGCCUUGGCACUGAAUCGUCUCUCCUGGGUUACAACAUGAAAUCCUAUUCCAGCCAGCUCAGUAGCUCCUGACUCUGCACCAGGAAGAGGCAGAAGAGAGAAACUGUCGGUGCAACUUCACCUGCGUUUAAUGUUAUAAGAACAAAGGGAUGAACCAAAUGUUGAUUGUGGAAACUUCCUCUCAUCUCAUUAAAUACCCUUGGUAAGUGGCCUCUGAGGUCAGUGGGGGUCCUCAUACAGAGAGGUUCCCCUGCCAGAUCUCAGUGCUGCUCUGCCCUAUUCCCUCCUUCCUCUCCCUCCUCGGCAGAGGUGCCAGAAACUGCUGUCCUAUAAAGAUCCUAAUUGCAGCAGCUGAAGCUGGAGGCGCAUCAUGAACUCACCAGAGACCCAAAGAUCUUUUAUUGGCUCUGGCCAUCCUCAGCGUCUUUGGCCCGAGAGCGGCUUGAAUGACCUCCUUGUUUUUGGCAUAGAUCAUCCUGGGAGAUGUGUCUCCACUCACAGAUUUCUCAUCACCUUUCCCCCCAAAACCACACACAUGUUCCUCUCUGCCAGAGGGCACAGCCUCCACUGCUGCUGUGCAUGAGGAAAGACCUGCAGUUGGGGCUGCAGAGGGGUUCAGAGCUCCGAUGCAGGAACAGCCGCACAGCAGCCCUGUCCCCAAGGCCGCAGAAGCUCUGUGUAUAUCUCCUCGCAGACCUGCCCAAAGGAAACGGGGGUUUGUCAAGUCAGCCCCGCUGCAUGUUGAAGACCAUCCGCCAAAUUGUCCUUAAUGAAGAGGCCGCAAAGGGGGAAGCCCCUGAUUUGAUCCGGAUUGUGGACACCUCCUUGGACAUGUGCUAAAUCCCGGGAAGCCUGUUCCUCCAGAGCAGGCAACCCGGUGAUUGUUCAAGUCGGGCAGGGGCCUGGGAGCCUCAGCACGGUGACACAUGGGGUGGCCUUUCUGUGGGAAUCAUGCUGCCCAAGCCCUUGAUUUGUGUUUCAACUUCACAAGCUUCUUUCUCCGAAUCUGAUGGAGGGAGUGUGGUCCAGGCAAGAAGACGGUUCACUUGGUGGAAUAGUCUGUCAGGCCUCUUCCUAGAAAUCCAGUCUAUUCCAGAGACCCCAGGCUGGGAGGAGAUGGCCUUCCUGGGGGCCUCUGUCUCAUCACCGGGCCACAGUGCUCCUGGCUUACCUCCAGCAAUAGCCAACAAAGGGUAGAAAGCCCCACCUAAUGGUUUGUUUUUCUUUCCCAGAUACGGCUCUGCAUAGCAUAUGGAAUCCAGGACCUUAUCCAAGAUGGGAAGCCCUCCUUCCCUCUGCAUAGCCCCCAUCCCUUUCUCCUUGUAACCUGUCAAUGCCAGAGUUCAGUGUUAAAAGACAAAAUAUAAGUAUUGAAUAAGUGGUUCAUUUGCUGAAUCCAUUUGAUAAGAAUAAGCCACCAGCUUUACAGUGUGCCUCAUGGAUUUUAAAUACCUUGGGGGCACCCGCUCAAUCGUGCUCUUUUUAUCACCUAGAAAUCCCCAAAGUGGAAGGUGCCCCUGGAGUAUCUCAGCUGGAGAAGGCCGGUGGGGUCCCUCAGUGCAGUGCCUCCACCUAGUGGUGGGGGAGAGCACGUCAAUCUAUUGGGCCCAACAGAAAAUGGGUUUCCAGAAGAAAGGUUAAAGAAGGGAUGUGGGUAGGAAGAUGAAUCACUUGGACUCUUUAAUGAAAUGGAGCGAGUCAGGAAAGCUCUACCAGCAAAGGUAUAAUCACUUGGACUCUUAAAGGAAGUGAGCCCAGAUGAGCUCUACCAGCAAAGGUAUCCCAGGAGCCUGUUAGCAAAGCCAGGCUGGCCACCUGCCCUUUGAUUUUUCAUCUUAUAGGUCCCCACUCAUGCUCUGCCAGGGGCUGGGGCAGGAGAGCCGAUUUGGGACUGCUGGCCCAGCCCUGAUAAGGGAGCCCCCCUCCCACGACCCCUCUGCAGGCUCACCACCACCACCCCACCCCACCCCCACCCCCCACCAAGGCAGUUUUCCCUUCUUUUGUGUGUGUUUUCUAUGUUCUUAGUCUCUACUCCUAUUCCUGCCGCCUUUGCGGAUCAGGACCAGCUCCCAACCACAGACAGAAAAUGAUACCAUGUACAGCGGCACACCUUGACCAGUUGCUAAUUUUCACUGUUGUGAAAGUGAUUUGAUUUAGAAUUAAAUGGUUUUACAUUACUGCGA